CCGUUCACGUUAUUUUUCAUGCCGCGAGCGUCUGCAGACUGCAGAAAACAUUUUCGCGUGUUUUAAAUAUGAAAUAAACUUUUAUUACAAUUUAUUUGAACUUGUUAUCACUUGUUGAAAGUUGAAAUACAGUUUCAAUUACGUUUAAGUCGAACUUUGGCCCGUGUGGCGUUUCUCGUGUUUCUAUUUCAUAAUUCUGUAUCCUCGAGGUUUUGUGGGUAGGGAAAAUGGUGAUAGACCAAGUUCAUGGCCUCCAGGCCACGGGUAUGAGCCUGAACGACCGGUUUACCAUGUUCGCGGCGGCACCGGCGCCGGCGCGGCCUCGCACGCCGCGGCGGAGGCCUUCCACCGGUGGCUUCUAUAGCGAUAAUAUGAACAGGAACCUGAUUGAGCAGAUCGCCCGCCGUUUAGAGCAACAGGCUAAACGGCAAGCCCUCCGCCAGAGGCUCGGUGUUGGGCCUGGGGGCCUGCGGCGUUUUGGCAGUGAGAGUAGCUUAGCAGGGCUACGGCGCUCUAACAGCUUCGGCAACCUGGGCCAGCAAGGAGUUAAGAGCAGGAUUUCUUGGAGACAGCCCAACGGGAACCUAAAUCGCUCGGCAUCUUUCGGCAAUUUGUCCGGCGGAGUGUGGCGCGGCCGAGGCUUGCGCGGGCUGCGAUGGCGCGUCGGCAACCGGGUGCUUCGUGGAAGGAUCAGAGGUGGAAUGAACUUUGUUCGCAUAAAUCGCAUCGGAAGCAGACCGCUGCGCGCGCGCGGCGUGGGGCGCGGCGGCGCGCGGGGGCGGGCGCGGGGCGCGGCGGCGGCGGGGCGGGGCGCGGCGGCGGCGGGGCGGGGCCGCGCGGGGAGGGGCGGCGCGGGGCGGGGCUUCGCGCGCGGCGCGGCGAGGGGCCGAGGACGAGGUGGCAUAUCCCGUCAGACACCUAAGCCCGCGCCCACGCGGGAGGAGCUGGACCUGCAGCUGGACCAGUACAUGGCCGGCACCAAGUCCGCGCUGGACAAGGAGCUCGACUCCUACAUGAAGAACGCCAUGGAACUAGAGUGAAGUGAUAGUGAUGGACGUAGAUUACAAUUACUUAUUCAUUAGUAGCUCUGACCAAUUGAAAGAUUUCCAAAAAAUAAAAAUAAAAACUAUUGAUCCUGGUCACAAAAUUUCACGAGUAUCGGUUGAGGAAUGUGACCAGUAGCGCUAAGAUGGACGGCUUUUUAUCAUUUGUCACCAAGCCUGUCACGUUCUAACAAGUAUGUAACCGUGAAAGUGACGGGCAUAGUGACAAGUGAUAAAAAUGGAACCAUGAUGCCACCGCUGUAGCGGAGAACAGAUAACUGGAAAAAUUGAUACACAUACUAAAGCAUUUUUGAAAAAGCUAAAACGAAGGAGCUUUGAUCGCUGUCAAUGAAGCAUUUGAUAAAAAAAAUAUUAUUAUAAAAAAACAAAUAACCCCGACUGCACAUUAAAAAAAAAGGGGAAAACAAGCCCCACAAGAAUAUUGUUGUUGAUGGUAAGUAUCGGGACCAACAGAGGGUUACUUAUAGUCAUUUUGGUUGUUGGUCCCCGGCUGCGACACUUACCAUCAACAACAAUAUUCUUGUGGGGCUUGUUUUCCUCUUUUUUAGUGUGCAGUCGGGUUUUUUGUUUUUUUUUUAUAAUAUUUUUUCUUUAUAAUUUUUUAGCUACCCCCAAAAAAACAUCCUAUGACACUCCCGUGAUCAAGAAGAAUCUAACGAUACCUCGUACAUCAAAAUCCAUCAAGCCGUUUAGGCUACAAGGGCCACAACGAAACAGACAUACUUACAUACAUACAUACACUCGAAAAACAUUACCCUCCUCCCUUUGGCAGUCGGUUAAAAAGAACUGUGCCGAUGGAAAUCGGAGGUGUUUAUACAAGAAUACAGCACAAAUGAGACAGUGCAAUUCGGAACUUAAGGAACCGGCCUAUCCUGCUCUUCGAGUAUUCCCAAAAUUGCUAAGAUUUUUGUUUUCUGGUGUUGCUGUCCAUGGGCGACGGUAAUGGCUUACCAUCAGGCGAUUCGUCUGGUCUUUUGCAUCCUAUAUCAUUUAAAACCGUCCAAGUGCGAGUCGGACUCGCCCACCGAGGGCUCCGUAUAAAUUUAACUCCUUUUUACAAGCUUUUAUUUACUUUCACCUGUCCGUUGUCUGUUUGUAAUCAAAUCUUGCAAGUUAAAUUUGAUCCACUUCCCGGUUUCCGAUGAAGCUGAAAAUUUGCAUACAUAUGUAAGUCGGGUGACAAUGCAAUAUUAUGGUACCAUCGAGAUGAUCUGAUGAUGGAGACAGGAGGUAGCCAUAGGAACUCUGUGAUAACACAACGUAACCUAAUUGUGUUUAGGGUUUUUAGAAUUGUCUCGAUGAGUAUUAGUUACUUGUGGAAAGAAAAGUACAGUCAGCGAUAAAAGCUUGCACCAAAAAUGAAAUUUUUGCCAAAAACUUAUUCUUUUUUUUACAAAUGUAUAGUUUUCAGAUUUUCCCCUGUACUUAUAGUGUAAGACGAUAUUACUUGCCAAAUUUUAUAGUUCUAAGUCAACGGGAAGUACCCUAUAAAUUUUGAUUCCCUUCAAUGUUAAAUAUACGUUUCUUGCGUCAUAAACGGCCAUAUCUUUUUUACGUUAACAUAGAAAUUUGAUUUUUUCGCAGCUUCAAUGGACUGUAGAUCUGAAUAUGGUUAUAAUUUCAACUCGAUACCUACACGCGUUCCCGAGAUAAAGGUUCUCGACGGACAGACGGACAAUAAACUGAUUCUAUAAGGGUUCUGUUUAUUCCUUUUGAGAUACGGAACCCUAAUAAAGAUGCCUAUCUUUCCGAAGCUAUGUGUUAUGACGUGAAUAAGUUAUUGUGAUCUAUGUAACAUGAAAAAAGUGACUGACAUAAAGAAUAUACAUAAGGACUCAUUGAAAAUUGACAUAGUGUUUAAGCAUAGUAUAUAUUUAGUUUUUUUUUUUGUUUUCGUGAUAUAGAUAACAGAAGUUUAUAUUGUGAAAAUAAAGUGUGGUUUGUACACUAAAAAGUAAGUAAUUAAAUUCUCUGGAAAUGUUUUUUUUCUAUGCAAAAAUCUAAAAUGAUACGAAACAUUGCGAGCUAGAAGAUUUGGACAGACAUAACAGUAUUUGAUAAUUUGAUAUAAUAUAAAAAAAUUAAAACUGUGACAGCUGGGAAUAUUUUCGAAGUAUAUUUAUUAGUAUUAAUUACUGAAUAAAUAUUGGUGUUUACAGUUUUUUCCUCAUUAGUUACCAGUAGAAACAUCUGAGAUAAAAUAAUCCCAGUAGUUACCACCGAAGUGAAUUGGUAACAACCCGUCGAGUGCCGCUUUGAAUGUGGAUUUCGCCUAAAAUACAGCCUGACAUAAUUAAACAAAUUGACUUAUCUCAGUUCCAUAGUAAGCUCAAUAAGGCUUGUGUUGUAGGUAACAAGGGCCAAUAUACUUUUUAAUGCCUAAAAGAUUGUCUCUUUAAAUUGACAUUAAUUUCUAACGCAAAAAAAAUUAGGCAGCGUAUGAGAUAAUUACAUUAAUUGUAUUAAAUUUGAAAAUUCUUUAUUUUUCUUUAAUUCAACUGUUUUACUGUAGGUAACGUUAUUAUUACAUUUACACUGCGUUAGCAUUUCCCCAAAAAAAAUAUUUGCAUAAUUUAUAAAAUGAAAUAAAGUACAGUAAUAAUUAUACCUUUUGACUGCCAAAGACGUGAUAUGACGCGCGCGGCUACAGCCCAAUAUCAACCUUCAUGCGUACCGACAAGGUUCACGAUUACGCGCCGCGUGCGAUAGGCGUGGCGUUCAAAAGGUUAAAAUACUUGACUCCUAAUGUUUCUUGAUGUUUACUAAUAACCAAUGCUCUUUCAGUAUUUUUUUUCCAAAUAAAUAUAUGGUUUUAGUAAAGUAACGCAGUUGAUGUUGGGAGAUCCCUUAUUUUUUUUUAUAUAUUGGCAUAAAUAAUAUAGUUAUCGUGAAAACUUGGCUGCAGCGAUAAUACACCAUUAUAGAAAACAUUGUAAACAUUCUGAAUGAAUAUAAAAAAAUAAUGAAAUGUUAUAUUUUAUUAAUUAUUUUGUCUCUCGAAACAAAAUUUGUACAUAAAUUCUAUUAGGCAUUAUAAAGUAUUUUGACCGCUAAAUAUAAUGAUGAAGAUAUCAAAUUAAUUUAAUGGGUUAAAGACCCUUCCUCCGACCGCACCUUUAACAGUGCGGAAAGUUACACAUCGUUCAUAGUGGAAGGGCCUCUGACCUUUAGUUACCCUCGUAAUGCCCAAUGUACAUUACAAUGUACACUCCGUUUCAAUCUAAUUCGAACCUUUUCAUUUACCGUAGAAAGUUGCAUUUUUUUUGUUUCAUUGCUUUCUCAAACUAACGAAAUACAUCCCAAGUUUUUAUAUGACAAGGAUCAAAUUAAAAAUAGGAAAAUGUAUGGCCUUCACGAGGAUAAGGCUGUAUUUUAGAAAAUGUCACAUGACGCGUCUCGUGAGCUAGAUGGCGUUGCGAUGGCGAAUUGUCAAAUAUCAACUUUUGAUGACUAGAUGCGCGUUGGAGGCUGCCAUCUUGUGGAAUCAAGAGGUGCCAUCUACCGAUCUCGUACGUUUUCUAAUGCAUAGUAGGUUCUGCCAUCUUGAGGGCUACUUCGAAAGCAUAAACUUCACAUUUACGCCUCGCGCCAAAAAUCUGACGGCUCCUGUGCUGCCCCCUAUAGUUUAUGCAAGCUCCCUAGAGCUGCAGCAUAAUGUACGGAGCAGUACUGCGCCAUCUAGCACUAUUCUAAGCACGAAUUUCGUUUAGAAUUUUAGAUAUUACACAUACAAAUACAACCAAUGAAUCUUUAGUUAAAAAACGUUAAAAUAUUUGUAUUUAAGUGUAAUACACGUACGUAAACGUUUGACAUUAUGUGACAAGCUGUUUAGUUUUAAACACAAAAUUUAACUGUCGACACUUCAGUAAACAUAAUGUAAAUAUUGAUUAAUGUCAGUGUAGGAUAAGAAAGACUUUGUUGUUUUCAUUAAACGAAACUACGUUUUCUA